AUGUCGAUAAGCAAGUUCGAGGAACUUUCGGCAUCAAGUAGCAUGCGCCAGCGCUCCUCUUUCACUCUCCACGAUUCGUCUCAAGGCGAGAUGAACGCUCCUCAAGCAGACGGCACCUCGGAGAGUCUCGCUGCCCCUGCACCAGCAUCGCGCCCAAGGUCAUGGUCGCAAGUCAAGUCUCUCUGGGCAGGGCAGAAGAUGAGAACAACUCUCAACGGUUUCAACAUCGACAUGGCGUAUAUCACCCCUCACAUCAUCGCCCUUGCCACCCCUGUCGACAACAAGCUGCAGAAGUUCAUGAAGAAGGAUUCUGUUGAGGAGAUCAAGCAGUACUUUGAGAUGGAGCAUCCGAACAAAGCCAAGUUCUACAACCUGGACGGGGAAACAAACUCUUCCUUCCUCAAAACGUAUGAGUUCAACGGCAAGAUCACGCAGGAGUACGCCUUCCUCAAGAAGGAGGUCACCUUGCUUUCUCGCAUUCAAAGCUUCUGCAAGGACCUUCAAACUUGGCUCGACGCUGAGGACGAUAACGUGGCUGUGAUCAUGUGUGCAUCGGGAAGAAACCGAACAGGAUUGAUGAUUUGCUCGUUUCUGAUUUACGCAUGGCCCAAUGAAUUCCAAUCGGUCAGGGAGGCGAUUGAAUUUUAUGAAAAGAUGAGAAUGAAGGAUGCCGAAGCAUUUGUAUACAACUGUCAUCGAAGAUACAUCGGAUAUUUUUUUACCAGAUUCGCUGCGAAUCCCUCUUCAGUGGACCUUAGCAAGUUGUGCCUGACAUGCGAUGGUUUGGACAUGAACAAGAUCAGGAUUGAAAUAUUUCUUUUGAACGUGUUCAGCAAGAAAUCUCAAGAUCAGAAUGAGCUUCAGCUGCUUUGGUCUUCGAAAGGGAAAGAUGCAGGGUCGAUGAAAGGAGGCCGGAAAUAUCUCAUUAUGUCGCUGACUGAGCUUUUAACAAUGGCGGGGGACAUCAAAAUCUCUGGAAGGAAGUUCUCAGUUGGCCCUUUCUACGAGAUUUGCAGUUUGUGGUUCAAUACUGGUUUCAUCGAUCAUAGCCCUGUGGUGUGGAACAAAACUUGCUUCGAUUUCGCCGAUCAAGACAGCAAAGCGAAAGUCCCGUUCGACUUUCACCUCCAGAUGUUGUUUCGUGACAGACCGAGGGUCGCCUCCGCUCGCCAAAGCAGCCAGUCCGCUUCGUUCUAUUGUUUUGAUUGUCAGCUGAGAGCUCAGCCCGUCGAUCUCUCUGACUCGGAUGCACAGGAGAUGGAUGCGGAAGGAGUGAUCCAGUACUUCCGCACGGAGGCGCCGCAUCGAGUACACCCGCUGAUUGACGAGGACUGCGCUGUCUGCUCUCAGCGUCAGCGGAAGUUCUUCACGGCAGAGAAGAUGACAGCGAGCCUGGACUCCAGCACGAUCUCACACAUCUGUAGAAUCAACUCCAUGGAAUACUUCAAACAGCAGCAUGACUCCAACAUCGGUGACGCCCCUGAGAGACCGCUGCAAGGUUGUCCUGAACCUUUCCUCAGAGUUUGCAAGAGAUACCUCCAAGGAUCCCAUAGGCAAGUCAAUGAUCGCUGA